AUGCAGAACGACGAAGGAGCACUUGUUGAACUAUAUAUACCGAGGAAAUGUUCUUCAUCAUCGCGUAUCAUUGCAGCAACUGAUCAUGCAGCUGUGCAGAUCGACUUAGUCGAUGUGGAUCCUAAAACUGGACGCAUGGUACCUGGAAAAGUUAUAAGAUAUGCAAUCUGUGGCGAAAUUCGCUGUAUGGGUGAAUCGGAUGAUUGCAUCAUGCGUCUUGCCAAGCGCGAUGGUUUGAUACCAAGCAGUUUUUAA